UGGUACCACGCAGUCAGGGGACCAAAGUUCACUUCAAAGAAUAAACUGAACCAGUUCCAAGGAGGUCUGUGAAGAAUAUAUUUGCAAGACUAAAAAAGCUAUGACAGACACCAACAAGAUGAUCGUCAAUCUGGCUGUCUUUGGCAGGACUCAGAGUGGGAAAAGUUCUGCUGGGAAUAUUCUUUUGGGAAGUACUGACUUCUACAGUAGUCUCUCUCCAGGCUCUAUAACCAAAGAGUGCAGCCUGGGCCGCAGUUGUUACCUUCACAGCUUCAUGCGUCGAGGGGGACAAGAAAUAACCCUGCAGAUACAGGUUUUGGACACUCCAGGGUAUCCACACAGCAAGCUGAGCAUGGAACAUGUAAAACGGGAAGUCAAGAAGGCCCUGGCACAUCACUUUGGGCAAGAGGGUCUCCAUCUUGCUCUGCUGGUCCAGAGAGCGGAUGUCCCUUUCUUCGGACAGGAAGCAUCUCACCCAGUCCAGUUGAUUCAGGAACUUCUGGGAGAUUCUUGGAAGAAUCACACUGCUGUUCUUUUUACCCAUUCAGAAAAAAUAGAAGAAGCAGGGAUCAGUGAAGAUGAAUAUUUGCAUGAGGCUUCUGAUACCCUGUUAACUCUGCUAAAUUCCAUUCAGCAGAGGUAUGCUUUCCUGCAUGAAACAGGAAACUCGUGCAAUGAACAAAGAAUUAAAAUCUUAGAAAGAAUCAUCGAAUUUAUAAAAGAAAAUCAUUAUCAAGUUCUUAGUUUUACAUAAAACUUAAGU